AGUAGAAACCGUGGACACCGAGCGGACCCGACAUACUCGAACAAAUCAGUAGUUUCUCCUUCCUGUCUCCUCCACUCAGUCCCACUCUUUUCUCCGCGAACGGUCUUCAAUAUUUUUCACCGUGAAUUUGAGGUGAAUUUUCAUCGAAAAAUUCUACGCAUCAUCAUCCCCACCGUCACGAGUGGAAAUGUUUUCGUUGACCCUUCAGCAGACGUGAGUGCCUCGUGCUUGUGCGACCGUCAUUAGUCUUUCAUAAAGAGUUACUGAAAUAAUUAGAGUGAAGACCCCUCACUCAGACUUGAAUAUUUAUCAUGCGAGACUAUCCGUGGAGGAAUCGAUGCGAGUGCACAGUUAACGCGACUACGACGCCUCAUUGAAGUCUAGUGUCUAUUCCCCACAUCGCCACACCCGUUGAAAAAAAAAAUCAUCAUCGAAAUCGCGAUGGAUGUGGGAUGAGAUCGAAGACCGUAAGUGUCCAGCAGCCGCAGUAAAGAGGAUAAUUUUGUUAUUGGGGUCGAUGAGCCUCGAGCCGGUGGGAAGCCCCAAUUGGAUGGAGUGAUGAGCACUGCCCCCACCAGGGGCCAGCAGCCCCGUCGCCGACGCCAAAAUCGUCAUCACCACCAUCAUCAUCAUCAUCACCAUCAUCACCAUCACCACCACAGGCAUCACCGACACCACCUGACGAGGCCGUCGCGCAGACGCUCGUGGAAGAGCCAUCAUUACUGUCAUGGUCAGUCGUACCAGACGAAAUGUUCUGAUUACUCGAGCGAAGAGUGCCCGCAGAAGCAGCAUAUGGAACAUGAGGAGUCAUCGGACGUCGAGAAGCGACCGAAGGUCAAUCCGAUUUUCCUCUGGGCACUCCAGCGGGAGCAGAGGAUCAUCGAGGUCAGGUGUGAGGACUACGACAAGAGGAAUAGAAUCAAAUUAACUAAGACUGCGCAGGGGUGGAGAUCCAUUCCUAGGACAUUGUCCAAUGUCUACAGCUCGAUGUCGUGUCGAGUCGACUCGAACUACAAUUUAUCAGUGACCAAUGCAAGUACAUCGUCGUCCUUGUCGACUUGCUCGGGCUCAUCGGUGCCCUUCUCCCCGUCGUCGUGCUCGCUGUCGUCUUACUCGAGUGGCUCCAACAGCCACUCGUCCAUGACUUCGGAGUGUUGCGACGAUAACAUCAAGACCCAGUGCUUGAGGGACCGGCCGAAGAUCGAGAAGAAGGACGUUGACAGCUGCGACGAGUACCGCUUUGACACCGAUGGCGAUGACAACACUAGGGACAAUGCCAAAAUCUUCAACAAGGGACUGCAGUUCGUGGACCUGAAGAAGGUCCAGAAGAGCCAGCUGUUCCAGCCGAGGGUCCUCCUGGAGCCCCUCAGCCCCGCGAGACUGUACUCAGUCAAUCGCUUCACCAAGUGCAAUCUCGAUGACGAUAUUGAAAUGGUUGUGGAAGAUGAUGAUGUAAAUAAUACUGUUGAUAAUCAAAUUAGUGUCGAUGGGUUUAAGCACGAGGAGUUCGAUUGCAGUGAGGAUGAGCUCAUCGAGGAGAUCGAGGACAAGAGUGAUGGCAAGGAUGCUUUGAUUGACGAGAGCAUCGAGAUCUUUCAGUACGAGGACGAGGACGAGGAUGAUCAUUCGGGUGACGAGAUUGAGGGCAAAAUCAUCGAGGAGACUGAAGCCUUCGUUCCACCUGAUGUUUUUGUUCCGCACAAGGUCGAGAGGCCGGAGAUACCGCCUCUGAAGCCCAUCAUCUGGAAGAGUUCGGCGAAAGUCGAGAAAACAUUGAACAGCAUCAAGGCGGAAGCCCCUUCAGCGCGGCUCUUGCCGAGUCCGCCAUGUUUGGUCACGUGUUCCGAAGACGCGCUGACGACGCCGGCGUCGGGGCCCAAUGCCCGGAAGAAGCGCGCAGCGCCGGGACUGAUCAAGCUUAUGCCGACGGACUGGCAGAGGAAGGACGCCAUCGCGAGGCCUGCGAAGCAGUUGAGGGAUCUCCUGGAGAGGUGUGGGGAAGCCAUUCCGGAUCCGCUUCUUGUGCCAAGAUGUCGGCUGCCGAUACUCGCGGCGUAUCCAGCGACGGAAAUACCCCAGUUAUUGAUAUCGCAUCCUGAGUUGAGGCUGCCCGAGGCGCUAUCGAGGCCGGAUUUGCUCAGGGACCCGGAUCUUCUAGUCAUCUCGUUGGAUCAUCUGCAGAAGGUGCUCGACGAGAAGGCGGGAGAGGCGGGAGCACCCGUGGCCGGGGGUCUGGGUUGCAGGGCUAAAUGGACAGGAAGUGGAGUUCAUCAACAUGCGGGUGGGGAUAGCCGAAAGAAGAUUAACCAGGCGUCGAUUCCGGUCGAGUUGCCUCAGGAUUACAGACGGAGCUAUCGGGGGGAUGACCUUGGUGCGUUGUCCAAGCAGGAGGCGCAUGUCACGUCUAGUGAUUCCACGCUGUGGAGACCGUUCUUCAGCUGCUGUCAAAAGGACGAGGAGCAACUGCCGAUUUAUCGACACCAAAAGUCUGAGGAGCGCAGUCAACGUUCGUGGCAUAAAACAACACUGACUUCUUGACAACUAAGUGAUAAUGAUCUUAUAAUAUGCAUUACCGACGUAUCAACUACUAGUAAAAUGAACAAAAAAACGACAUGUAACGAGCCAAUUUAUUCAGGUGCAAUAGUUUAAUCAAGGCUAUACUUAUUUAAACAUAACUGUAGACACGUGCAAUUUUUGAGGGUUAUUCAGUUAUUGGUUGAGUUAAUUUUCAUUGUUGUUUUUUGGAAGAAUGUCGUGGGAAUUUCACUCAACGACUUUUCAAAAUGCUGUCAAAAAGGGAAUUGCGAUCGUGUAUUAUGUUCUGUCAAUAGAAAAAAUGGGAAUUUUUUAAAUAAUUCACGUAAUACUCAUGACAUUCUCGUAUAGAUCAAAAUAUUGGCGCGAGGUUUUCUUCAAGUACAAACGAACGGUCAAAAGUGUGAGCAAUUUUUAGGGACAUUGGUGCAAGAUAAUUUUACAGACUUAGAAAAAAAACUGUUGGGUUUACUAGAUAUAUAUGUUAAUGUUCUUAUGAAGUAUUGAUUUUUGUCAUUCAUGAGAAACUGUUAAAUCCGUUUAUUUCGAUUUAGUUUUCCUGUAUUUAUUUAUUUACCGAUCUGAUAUACAUUUCUUAGGGGUGAUAUUGAAUAAGAAAAUUUUCCAAACGGUGCGAAAGACGAUACAAACCAAGGAGUAGGCAAAAAAAUUGAUAAUAAAAAUUAUUGUAGAUAAAUUUGAUUUUUAGAUAGAUGAGCAAAUGUUUUCUAUUAUUGUAUUUUUACUUAGGUAUGUGUAUGCGAUAUGUAUGAAUGUUUAUACCUUCCCGACUUGGAAGUUACUGAAUACAAUUUACGUGUACUUCUUCUUGUAGCUUAAAAAUUCGUACGAAUAAAAUAUUGAAAUCA